AUGCUAAAAACAAAAAAGUCGCAAUGGAAUAAUGGAGCAACAGUAAAUCACAAUAUUACGGACAUAGCGCUCAUACCGAACGCAACAAAUGAUAAUCUUGCUUCGUUCCUCAAAAUCCGUUACGACGAGCUCAAAAUAUAUGUAAACCUCGGUUCACAUCAUCUGAUUACUGUAAACCCAUUCAAGGAGCUUGCCAUUAAUGAUCACCAAACAAGCUUAGAAUAUGCGGCAUCAUACAAGGAAGCAUCUAAAGCAACAGCUGCAGUAGGAGCCAAAAAUCAAUCGACACCUGAUUCGCUGAUGGAUCCGCAUUUAUUUGAUUUUGUCAACCGCGUAUACUUCCACAUGAGACGAACUGGUUUUGAUGAAACUGUAUUCAUAAGCAUAGAUACAAUAAGUGUUGAUCAACUUUAUUACCGGCAUAUUUCAACAACUGUUAGGGGAGAAUCUGGCAGUGGAAAGUCAAACAUCCGCAGAUUGGCCAUCCGACAUCUUGUGCAACUGAGUAGCCACCGUAAGGAAUCCAAACUUCAAACACAAAUUAAGGAAUCACAAAGAAUCUUGCAAGCAUUUGGUGAAUGCCUAAAGUUUUUGUCGAACAACGAAAUAUGUGCAGCUUCUCGCUAUGGCUACUAUGGUGAAAUUCAAUUUAACGAAAGAGGUCGUAUGAUAGGUUCAAAGAUACUAUGUUAUUUCUUGGAAAAGUCAUGUGUCACUGUCAGUGCAUCUUCAAAAGCAGCUGAAAAUAGUAACUUCAAUAUCUUCUACUAUCUGUUGGCUGGUAUAUCUGCAGAGGAAAAGGCAAUACUGCAGUUGCCCGCUACAAACCCUGAUUAUUACAAUUUAUUGGCAAAUCACAGCAAAAGGCGUGCUGAACAAACCUCGAAGGAUGCAGAAGAGUUUAAAGAUUUGAAACUAGCUUUAAAGGUUUGCGGUUUUCAACGAGAACAGAUUGGGCGAAUAUUUCAACUGAUUGCCAGUAUUCUUCACUUGGGUAAUUUACAAUUUGUGGACCCCGUCGGUACAGGCACACAAGAAGCAUCUUAUGUCAAAAACACAGAGUUAUUAGAGCUUGUAGCUGACUUUUUAGGAUUGGAUCCUCAAGCGCUUGAAAACGUUCUAACCUUCCGAACAACAAUGAUACGAAAGGAUUUCACAACGCUUAUUUUGAAUGCAGAACAAGCUGCUCUGCAACGAGACAGUCUCUGUCAAACCUUAUAUUCACUUCUAUUCUUAUGGCUCAUUGAGCGUAUCAACAGUAAAACAUGUACUGAAGAAUUUACUAGUUUUGUCAGUCUCCUUGAUUUUCCAGGAUUACAGCAACAAAAGUCAUCAAGUGCAGCAUGUUUUGAGCAACUUUGCAUCAAUUACGGUAAUGAACGUGUUCAACAUUAUCUUGAUACAGCCUUGUUCCGAAAUGAACUGGAAAUCUUUCAACAGGAACUCGUGCCUACACCUGAAUAUACUAUAGACGGCAAUUGUAUCGAUCUGUUUAAUCGUCGAAAAGGCCUUUGCAAUCUGAUCAACAGUAUGGCUGAUACUUCUAAGCGGACUUAUACCGAUGACAAUAUUAUGGAUUCUCUGAUAAAGUUUAAUAGUAGCCAUCCUUCCUUUGACAUUAAAGUGGCUGACACCAAUGCCCGGCAUUUUAUCAUCAAUCAUUUUGGCGGAUCAAAACCUGUUGCCUAUAGCACAACAGGAUUCAUUAAUGAAAAUAGUAAUCAAAUUUCUGUUGAUUUUCUGUCCUUGUUUAAAGGUGGAUUAGAUGUACAGCCAUCAUGGAAUGCAUUUAUCGUAGAAUUAUUCGCAAACGUGUCAAUUGAAAGUCAACCCAAAAUUACCUCAGCAAUAAUUGGUGGACGCCAGUCAACGAAACCACAGCGAGCACCAUCUCAGCGUCGAUCAACUCGCCAUGUUCGUAAGAAUGAUGAGAAAGACACAGUAACCGUUAUAAAUACGUGCUCCAAUACUACCACAACAACUGUAUUGCAACAACUCCAAGCCUCGAUGGAUGAGCUUAUUGUAUCUUUGAAUGAAGUCAAGUUAUGGACUGUAUCGUGCAUAACACCAAAAAGUAUCAUCGAUCCAUUUAAACCUUCCAUAAAAAAUAGCUUUGACGUAAAAUAUGUAUCCGAACAGCUUGAACAGUUUAAAAUUGUACCUAUUAUUCAACUGCCUAGCACGCGAUAUCUAGAGUGCUACUCUCAUCAAGAAUUUAUAGAACGUUACUCCUUUUUAUUUCAAGAGUUAGAUACAGCACGCCUAGUACGUUCUCAAUGCGAAACAAUUGCGCUAUCGAAGAAUUGGUCUUCAGAUCAAAUGGAUAUCACGCAGAACAAGGUAUUCUUGAGCGCUAGUGCUUGGCAAGAAUUGGAGAACCAAUUACGACACUUUGAGAAAGCGGAGCAGCAGCAGCGCAACGAUGUAUUAAAUGCAAAUUGCAUCAAAGAGAGUGUACUUGUACAAGAAAGCGCCGGCAUUGAAGCAUCCGCUGCUGCUGCUGUGGCUGUUGCUGUAGGGUCACCUCUCCCUUCACAAAGGUUUAUGCUCAAUGACCAAGCUUCUUAUAUCUCAGAAACAGAAGAUUCCCGACAAUAUAUAGAUAAUGAAGGUUCUUGCUAUGGUGGCUCAGAAUCCUAUGUUCAUUCUCUGAACAGCAAUGACAAAAAAGCUAAUCAAUUUGGAUUGACUCCUUAUAAUCAGCCUGUGAUUGAAAAUUUAGAGGAAACUGAAGAAGACCAGGCAAAAAUGACACCUGCACGAAAACGCUGGUUAUUUUUCGUUUAUUUUGCAACAUGGUGGAUCCCAUCAAAAUUUCUGAUAUGCUGUGGUCGCAUGAAAAGGAAAGAUAUCCGUGUUGCUUGGCGCGAGAAAGUAACUCUUUGUAUGCUUAUCUUUCUAUUGUGCGCUUUUAUACUUUGGUUCUUGAUUUUUUUUGGUGAUCUUGUAUGCCCGAAACAGCAUGUCUUUUCGCCAGCUGAAUUACAGAAUCAUGACAAAAACGAUAAAAACUCUUACGUUUCUAUUCGUGGUGAAGUGUUUGAUCUGACGAACUUCGUUUCUCAUCAUUAUCCUGCUAAUCUUGUGCCUCAGUCGUCCUUAAUGGAAUAUGCUGGAAAAGAUGCCACCGAUCUAUUUCCGGUUCAAGUCUCAGCUUUAUGUCAAGGCGCUGAUGGCACACCGAUAUCACCUUACGUUUCGUUCGACUAUAAUUUGAAUUUGUCCGAUUCAAACGCGCAAUAUCACGAUUUUAGAUACUCUUCUGAGAACUAUAACCCUAAUUGGUACUAUGAUCAGAUGACUAUGUUACGGCAGAACUAUAAAGUGGGACACAUGGGUUAUGAAUACAAGGCUAUAUCUGAUCAGGCAAAAACUCCUACAAUAAUAAACGGUAUUAAUACACUGCGAACUUGGGCCGUUAUUGACAACAGAAUAUAUGAUUUGACUUCAUAUAUGAUGGGCGGACGAUAUGCUCGUGGUCCGCCCAGCGAAGAGGUACCUUCAGGAAUUGAUACCAAUUUCAUGUCCCAACCUGUGGUUGAUCUAUUCCAACAAAAAGCAGGAUCUGAUAUUACAAAUGAAUUCAACAAGUUACCACUGGAUGCCGCCACCAAACAGCGUCAGUUGGUGUGUUUGAGAAAUUUAUUUUUUGUUGGCUUUGUGGAUAGCAGAAACUCGACUAAAUGUCAGUUCUCUACUUAUUUGCUCUUAAUCGUCACAAUUCUACUCUGUGCUGUAAUUGCAUUCAAGUUUAUUGCAGCUAUCCGUCUCGGUGGUAAAAGAGCUCCUGAAGAACACGAUAAAUUUGUAAUUUGCCAAAUCACUUGUUAUACUGAAGAUGAAGAAUCACUACGGAAAACUAUAGAUUCUAUAUCUAAGUUGGAUUAUGAUGACAAGCGCAAACUCCUUUUUGUUAUUUGCGAUGGUAUGAUUGUCGGGAGCGGCAAUGACUUACCAACGCCGCGUAUAGCCCUGAAUAUCCUUGGUGUUGAUCCACAGGUAGAUCCAGAACCCCUCUCUUUUGUGUCAGUUGGAGAAGGUUCCAAACAACACAAUAUGGGUAAAAUCUAUUCUGGUUUAUACGAAGUAGCAGGACAUGUUGUACCUUAUAUCGUCGUAGUAAAAUGUGGUAACCCUCGUGAGCGCCAAAAACCGGGUAACCGUGGUAAACGUGAUUCACAACUGAUAUUGAUGCAAUUCUUAAACCACGUUCAUUAUGAUGCACCUAUGAACCCGUUGCAGCUGGAGAUCUAUCAUCAAAUGAAGAACAUUAUUGGUGUAAAUCCAAGCUUUUAUGAAUUUGUUUUAAUGGUGGAUGCAGAUACGGAAGUGGAGAGAGAAGGGUUGAAUCAUUUAGUAUCAAGUGCUGUUCAAGACUCCAAAAUUAUAGGCGUAUGCGGUGAGACGACACUCUCAAACGAAAAGGAUACGUGGAUUACAAUGAUUCAAGUAUAUGAAUAUUUCAUUUCUCACCAUAUGAUAAAGUCCUUCGAAUCCUUGUUUUCGACUGUCAGUUGUUUGCCAGGCUGUUUCACUAUGUACCGCGUGAGAACCGCAGACAGCAAGCGUGCCCUAUUUGUAAGCAAUGAAAUUAUUGAUGAUUAUUCUAUUAAUGUGGUGGAUACGUUACAUAAGAAGAAUCUUUUGCAUCUUGGAGAGGAUCGCUAUUUAACUACACUUUUACUUAAGCACUUCCCCAGUUUUAAAACAAAGUUUAAUCCUGAUGCACAUUGUAAGACUAAUGCACCAGAUAUUUGGAGUGUUUUAAUCUCUCAGCGUCGUAGGUGGAUCAACUCAACCAUUCAUAACCUCGGGGAACUUGUGUUUUUACCUCGUCUAUGCGGUUUCUGCUGUUUUUCCAUGCGAUUCGUCGUUAUGUUGGACCUUAUCAGUACUUUGGUAAUGCCUGCCAUUUUAGGCUACCUUGGCUAUUUGAUUUAUACAUUAGCUACCUCUGAUGGCAUAAUCCCUAUAAUCACCAUUGCUACAGUUGCUGGCACUUACGGUUUACAAGCUUUAUUAUUCAUCAUAAUGGGACGCUGGGAGUUUAUUAUCUGGAUGCUCGUUUCGAUUCUGGCCAUUCCUAUUUUCUCUUUUUACAUUCCUAUUUACGCCUAUUGGCACUUUGACGACUUUUCUUGGGGAAACACACGUAUCGUUGUAGGUGAAAAAGGAAAGAAAUUAGCUGUAGCUGCCGACGAAGGAAAUUUCGAUCCAAAAUCCAUUCCUACAAUGAAAUGGUCACAAUACGAACAAGCAAUUCUGUCAGAAGAACACUGGAGUGACAAUUUAUCUCAAGGCAGUAGUAGUGCUUAUACUCAGACAAGCCGGCCAAGCAAUUAUAGUAGCAGCAACAAUGUAAAUCGCAUGAUAAUUACUCCAGCAGGAUCAGCAACAUAUAAUCAAGGCGGCAUCUUGGGAAACACUGAGAAUAUGACAGCUUACACAUCUAGUAUGAUGCAGUACAUACCUCAACAGCAGCGAAUGAGCAGUGUCUUCGAUCAACAAAGUAUCAGUAUGCCUUCCUCAACUUCUUUACCUAUGAUGGUGGCUUACAGUAAUAGCACGAGUAUUUUGCCGUUGACGUCCAAGGCAUCGAGUCGAUCUAUUACAUCCUUUGCGCCGCCACAAUCAUAUCAAAAUUUACAUGGUGGCCAGCAAUAUAUACCUUUGCAGCAUUCGUCUCAGUUUGGGAAUAGCAGAACAAAUUCCUUCAUUACGGAUUCCAAUGCGCCAAAUGCUCCAACUACUAUUGAGGACAAUCCAAAAAACGGAGAGAUUUUUGAGGAGGUACAAAGGAUCCUUACUACAGCAGAUCUGACAAAGAUUACCAAAAAGCAAGUUCGAGAAGAACUACAGGCAACUUUUGGUGUUCCCAUGAAUGCUCGAAAGGAUUAUAUAAAUUUUUGUAUUGAGGCUAUAUUGCAAAAUAAUAGCAGCACUUAA